GGCCAGGAGGAGCUUAGCCAGUUCCAGAUCCACUCGAGAGAGAGAGAGAGAGAGAGAGGUUUUCUCUCCAUUUGAAGUCUGCUCGUCACUAUCACGAAGACACAGAUAGGUCAUCUCCAUCAAGAUCUUGAGACCCAGUAUUCUUUCCCUUCUACAUCCUUCUCUAUAGAAUUGAAUUCUUCAUCCCACGAAACCAAAUUCAACUUGUAAAUUUUUAGAUUCCCUUUUAGGUUCUUUCACACAAAUACCGGCUCGAAGCCAAACGCGCACACGCGAAAAAAAUAAGUCUAGUGCUUCGCUCAUGGUUUUCUUCUUUCCUCCAUGAUCUGAAACUUCACUUCUUUUACACCUCCGUACUUGUUCUUUUUUUCGUGUUGCCUUCUGGAUUGGUGGUCAUGUGUGGUUUGGUCUCUUCUAUGGAAACCCACUUCCGAUUCUGAGAAAUAUCCGACUUUUUUUCUUUCAUCUCUACUGUACUUGCCUUGCUUCGCUUUUCUGCUUCGAUAUUUUGAUAAAACCAAUUCGAAUCCUCUAAAUCCCAGUCCAGUUCAAGUCGCAAAAUCCAUUUUCCAAAUUCCAUCAGCGCAACACUUUCAAUCUCUCUACCAAACAAUGAUUCGCCAAUUCCUCAAAAGCCAGUAACUUUCAUCUCAAAUUUUGGUCUUUUUGUCGUUUCUAGUUUAAAAUUCUGUAAAAAGUACUCAAAAUCCAUUCCGUAACCAUAAACUCCACUAAAUUUUCCUCAAAACCAAAAACCAACGCGCCAAAUCCUCAAAAGCCACAAUCGGUUAGUCAUCAAAGCGAGCCUCUUUUUUUUCUUUUUUUUUCUCCUCAUUCCUAUAAAACUUUCACAUAAAAGGAUCAGAAGUUAGAAAAUGCAAGACCCAGCAACAUUCCAACCCAUCAAACCCCACUUCCCAGAGCAAGAACUACUCAAAUGUCCACGCUGUGACUCCACAAACACCAAGUUCUGCUAUUACAACAACUACAACCUUUCACAGCCACGCCACUUUUGCAAGAACUGCAGGAGGUACUGGACGAAAGGCGGUGCUCUGAGAAACAUCCCAGUUGGCGGUGGAACUCGUAAGAACACAAAGCGGGGAUCAAAACCAAAACGGUCUUCUUCGUCAUCAUCUUCAUCGUCAACGGCAUCAAAUUCGGUGGUGGAGAACCCGGGUCCGGAGCAUGACCCCAACCGGCUCUAUGGCUCUAUGGUGGAUCAGGACCGUCGAAUGCUGGAUAUUACGGGGAGCUUUGGUUCACUUCUGGCAUCAAAUGGGCAGUUUUCCAGUCUACUGGAGGGUCUGAAUCCCGAUGAGUCGGGUGUCAAAAUGUUGCAAAUGGGUGAGUUUGCAGAGAAUUUGAAUUCGGGUCAUGUUUUGGAAACAGGUUCAGUUCGAAACCUGGGAAUGGAUGUGCAGAUCAGUGAUAACAAUUCAGAGAGUUAUUUAGGUCUGCAAAGUGGUGAUUCAAGCUGCUGGACUGACGGCAAUGGGUGGCCUGAUCUUUCUAUUUACACACCAGAAACUAGGGUGGCGAAGAGAGGAGCUUGAAUAAGUCAGACUUUAUUGUGGCAUUUUCUAGUGCUACUGGAGGUGGCAUACCACAGGCUGCAACACUAGCGCAUCCUAUUGGUAAAUGGUUUAUCUUCUGUUGUUUCUGUCUGGUUUUUGUCUGUAUGAGUUUUAUGAAUGAUAAGCAGAGAGAGAGAGAGAACUAUUCACUAUUGUUUCUUGGUUGGUCUGGACUGAGAGAGAAAUGGCAUUGGUGGUAUAUAUAUGAGAAUCAUUCUACAUGCCCAUACUA